ACCUGGAGCAAUGUGAGACUCGAGUGUUAACCAGUCAGUAAGAAACACAAUAACACUAAGAUGACCGCACGUCCUUUAGCUGUGUUGGACUACGUCAAUUACAAAACGGACAAAGUCUUGACCAAACACGCUAGGACACGUCAUUCUCAAAGGACAAACAUUGUUCAAAGAACAUUUGGUGACAGAUAUUAGAUUUAAGUCUGAUGAAGAAACACGUUGUCACCACGUUCAGGCUCGAGUCAAAGCCGAGAUGAAGAAACUACAAUGUUACUGGAGUGAUUAGCUACAAUGGAAAGGACACUUCUAAAGUACACAAACCGUCCACUUGGUGCCAUCGAGCAGCGGUACAACUACAUUCCAGCCCAGCCCGUCCUGUCCUGCAGAACUGUCAGCAUUGACCUGUCAGGUACUAGGACAUACCGACCUAAAACAUCUGACGAGAUCUUGGACGAGCAGCAGAGACUUGUUCGAAGGUUGUACGGAAAACACAUUCGACCAGCCACCAGUGUAUCUCGACCCAACACAAGACUUGGUGCAAGUAGACCAUCAACUGUACGACCUCAAACAGAAAGUGGCACCAGACACAAAGUGGAAGUUAGAGGUCGACCUUUGACCUCCUUAUCUACAGCUUAUUCCCCCAGAGAAAGUCAAGCUCCCUCAAUUUCUCCAGUCAGGCCCAAGACAAAAGGGUCAGAAAGAUACAGAAACAUUCAGACAGCAACAGACAGCUUCUUGGCAUUACAAACAGAUGAAGAUUUGUGGGCCAAAAACAUAAAUAUCAGGAAAAUAAAUCAAGAUAUUAACUGCUAUUGGGAAUCUGGACAGAACCAUCUUGCACAGGGAAUUUUUAUGAGAGGUCGUCGGCAGCCUGACGAUGUCCCUACCCCAAAAUUAGAAGCCUGGCUUACAUUUGGAGGAGCUGCAGGUGCAGGAGGAGAAGGAGUUAUUGAUGCUUUUACUAGCUUCAACACCACACAGGAGUAUUACAAUAUAGAUGGGACUGUGGGAAGUAAAGUAGCAAGACAGUUACAGAAAGGAGAUGCUAUAAGAAUUGGAAUUAAUGGAGAUGUAACAAGUAGAGACCUAAAGAUCAGAAGAAAGUCCAAGAAAUCACUGAUAGAUUGGAAUACUGAUAUUGGUUCCAAAGUUUUAGGGAACAAUUUACAUGUAGCUGAUGAAGACUUUGCUGAGCUAGAGUUGAAAAAGUUGUCUGAUGAAGACAAUUAUGAUGACUGGCAAGAGUUUAUAACAUUAACGGACACUUUGGAAGAGAACAUGGACACGAACAGGAGCUCAGUCUCCUUAUCUUCUUUCCCUAAGAAAACUUCAGGAGUAGGCCAAGGGCAGAGAAGUAGUUCAUCAGUUGUGCCCCUUAGCUGGGCAGAUCAGUGCUCCAAAACUGAUGUCAAAAUACUAAAACCAAAAUGUGUGACCCAAGAAUGUACAAAGGCACCAUCAUCUGAGACUCAGCCAGUCAAGUUUGAGAAGCUGAGUGAUCCAAAUGGAGCCUUAGCAAUUAUCCAGACUCCAAAAAAUGGAUUUAAAAUUAAACAAAGAUCUCCCAGAACUACUGCUCCAAACAGUAACUCCAAGUUGAAGGUCAUGUACAUUGAUACACUUACACAGGAAGAAGAAGAGAAGAUCCACAGAAUGUCUGUAGAUGAAAUUGUCAAUUUCAAAUUGGGAAGCGUCAAAAAAGAUUCGACAGUGCCAUCCACUCUUACAAGUUUGAAGACAGGCAACCAGGUUGAGAAGAAUUGUGCUACACAAGCUGCUGAUCAUAAUAGCAACAAUCAUAAAAGUGAAAGAAGAAGCAGCCGAACAUCAUCUGUUUCCAGUCAAAGCAGCAACGACCAUGGGCACCCAUCAAGUCCUAAACUUAAAACUAUUCCUGUUCAUUCCUCCACAACUCAUCCACCAGUUGACCUCACAAUUGUUACCAAAAGCACUCCACAAAAUGAGAUGAACAAGAAUGGGAAAGUGCCAGGCAAAUUAAACCCAGUUAAACCCAUCUAUCGCACCAAUGCAGCUCAAGGCAGCAGCGUUAAGCCAGGGCUACAACAAGGGGAUGCAGAAUACAUCCUGAUUACAUCUCAGCUGAAAGUAGGACAGGAACAUGCUGUGACCCCUAGUUCAUCUCAAACAGUUGCUCCCUUCACUCCAUAUGUUUUUUCACCUGGCAGCAACACACCAAGAGACAGAUCCCCAAGUCCACUUCGCGAUGUGCAUAUAAACCCUCCCGGAUUAAAGACUAUCAAACCUGAAGUUUCUGUUACUGGUAAUAAUAUUUUACCUGAUUCUCAACAAACUGCAGGCAUUCCAGUAGUAGAGGCUCAUCCUCACCAUCAUCACAUUAAUGACAGAGACAACAAAGUUCCUGACAAAGUGACAAGCUCUCCAAAAGACAUUGAAAGUCAAUCAAAUAACAGAACUUUGAAUGAAGCUUCAGGGCCAGCAACUCUUGCCAUUAAUAUACCUACUGCUGACGAGUUAUCUGACAGAGAAUCUCCAGCUCCUUCCUUGACUGACUUUGAUCUCUCAGCACAUUCAGAACGCCCAUCUACAUCUCUGGUAUAGUUUCUUAGAUGUUUCAACAUACUUCCAAUGUCUUUGAGGAGAACAGCAAAACAUUAUUUGUUAUUGAAAGAGCCAAUAUAUUAGUCAUGUGCCUUUGUGUGGUGAGAAGAGGACAAAAAAUCAUUUUAUUUUGUAAAAUUAUUUAUUAAAAAAUGACCUAAAUAUACAAAGGACUACAAGGUAUUAUAUUUUUGUGAUAGAUUUUUUUUUUAAAUUGCAUGUUUGAUUGUGUGUACACAAUUAUUUUUAGAUUUUAAUAUACUUUUUAAAAAAUUAAAAAGUUACAAAAAAAUG